CCUCGCGCUCCCCAUUGGGUUUCCAUUGUCCGGGAUUUGUAACGCCUAUUAGUGUGAGUCUCGCAGCAAACGGUGAGGACAGGAGGUGGCGGCCCGCUUGGGGACUGCAACAAGAACGCGACCCAGGUUCUCGAGUAUAAGGCCUUGUCCAUGAAGCAGCGAUGGAUGCUCAACCUAGACCAUGCUUGCAUUCCCGGCCAUAUCGGUGAACUUCAACACAAGGCACAACCUCGACCCUGCUUGGUAGGCCAUUAUUGUGUAUAAGGAGAAGGUCUGCCGGUUGCCCUUCGGCUCAAGGACCCAGUCAAACGCACCUACUCAAUCCUAUCAUUGCUGAGCUGGCUCUCGGUUUUUUGCUCCCGUUUUUAAUAUCUCUUUGCCUCGUACAUCCCCUCUCUCCCCUAUACUUAACACACCGGACCGUUGACCUUCAUUCCAAAAGAUGCCGUGUCGGCAUUACAAUACUCAUGGUGAGCUUACGGAGCUCGAAGAACAGGCCGAGAGCGCCAGUGGCCGGCAUCAGACAACUGCACUCGGGAUCAUCGCAUCCAUCUUCAACAAUGCCGGACUGGCGUACGCUUUAAUGGGUGGUAUGAACUUCUACCUGCGUGGAUCGGGCCGAACGACGCAGGACGUCGACCUUGCCGUCAACAGAAGGCCUUCUCUGGGACAUAUCUUGGACUUGCUGAACAACGAGAGCCGACCGGGACCUAAUUCGAGAAUGCUUUGGGCCUCUGGGGUCGCCCGUAUCUUUGUCCGAGUCAACAGCCACGUCGUUCAGUUGGACCUCAAGUCGCAAAGCGCCGAGGGCCAUGGCAUGCCAUACGCCCCAGCGGUGAGGGAGAUUGCUGACCGAUUGAGUUAUAACAAACGAUGCGAGUUCGCCGAGGAAGUCGGAGAGCGAAACCCAGAGGACGAAGAGAUAGUCAUUUGGGCUAUGAAGCUUGAUCGGAGCCCGAGCCCCGAGAGCGAUGGUGGAUCCCAGGGUCGCAGCACCCAUGGUGGUCAUGGGGGUGGUAACACGCACCAUGACAGUCGAGACAGCCGCGACAAUCGUCACAAUCGUGACACCCGUGCCACCCGUGAGCGCCGAGGAGAUCCCCGGGAGUCAGGAUCUGGCGGCCACGGCGUCAGGGAACGUCGACCCGCGGCCAUUCCCAGCUCGAGAAGACCGACUUCUGGCCGUGGUAGUGACGAGUUGACUUCGAGAAUGCAACGUAUGCACGUCUCAUCAGGAGCAUCAGGCCCUAGGGCCGAGCCCCGUCCAUUAUCCACGACAAUUGAUAGCUACGACCGACCAGCCCCCGAGCCUCAAAGAAGAAGAAGGACCGGGGGAAGGUCUGAAUAUAACUGA